GCUCACCUGGAAAUGUGAAGGACGCACUGGGGAGUUCAUGUGACCUCCUGUUUGGAGCGGCUUUCCGGCUAUUGUGUCCCAGGACUAUGGACGGUAGUUCUAGCAUUAUUCACAGCCUGUGUAACAGAAGCUCUACAAACUGAAACUGGGGUGACACAUGAUCCAAAUUUACAUCGUUGUCUCACAUGGGGUAUUCUUUGGAAGGUGUGUCAUUCAUUUGGGCAAUAGGUUUAUAGUGGAUAAUUCAGGAAUACACAUUUCACAAAGGGAGUAUUGUAGCCGAUUGAAAUCGAGAUUUUGGCAACGGCGAUUUUCAAGUCUGUCGAGUUUGUUGGGUAUCGAGCAUCUCCCGGUGGCGCAUCAAAGGGCGCAGCGCUUUUACGCACAGGAACGAAACCACUCUUCCCCGGAGAGUCGGUGGAACUUGUGGCUCAAUGGCAUCAUGGACUUCAAGCGACUCGUUACCAGAUCUGAAAGAACUGGAGAAAAAGAUUGGGCGAAAAACACCGGAAAGUCUUGUUGCUUCGAUAAGAGAUCAUGCGAUGGAUUGCGACGAGAAAGGGGACCAAAAUGACAUCGAUAAGGACAACGAAAGCUUUUCUGAAAAGAUUCAACACCUGAAACGAGAGAUGCGGGGUCUCCGGCGGGCUGACGUGCAGAUCCUGUGGCAGCUGGUGGCAGUGCACGAGGGCCUGGAGGCGCUGCGCUGGCUGGAGGAGGAGCCGGGGGGGGCUCUGGCCAGCGGAGCCAGCAGUCUAACGGGCAGCCAGAGCAGCCUGGGCACCGCCGAGGGAGCCUGCUGGCCCUCCCUCACCCCCAGCAGGAGCAGUCCUGUACACGGGGAGUGCUCUCCUCCCAGGACGGAGCCCGCGGGAGUCCCUCUGUCGCCUCACCAGGAAACCCCCCAGGCUGCCAACCAGAAGGGACAGAGCCUCCCAAAGCCCGCCCUCUGGUCAGAGGAGGCGGGCUCUACCUCGGGCCCAGCGGGCCCCGAGCGGGGUGUCAGGGACCUCAGGUGGAGCAUCGGCCGCAACAAACGAACACCAUCAUGUAGCACCAGCCCUGUCCCCGGGGGGUCGGACACGGGAACGCCGCCCAGGACGUGUUCACAGGGAUCGGGCUUGCUGCCGACCGCGCCGCGGGACUACCAGAACAGCACGCAGGCCGUCAGGACGGCCCUGGACAGCAAGAGGCCGAAGAGGGGGAGUGGUGGGGGUUCGGCCCCAACCAAUCACAAAGGAGAGACGAAGACGCGGGGCGAUGUCCCUGAGGGGCGUGUCCAGAGGGCCGCCGGGAGGCGGGGGGGCGAGGAGGAGCUCAGUGUGGAGGCGGCGCUGUUUGGGUACGAUGCUCAGUGGCGCUGGGUGGAGUCACAGGAUGAUGUGACAUUUUUAUGAUCCUUUUGAAAUUCAGAUUAUUUUUGAAUGCUAAUUUUUGGAGGACACAUUUAGGAUCUUACUAUUACAUUUUAUAAUGAUAAUAAGUGCCUGAGAUAACAAUGCCUGAGCGAUAAAUGCUGUUUGACAGAUUUGGAAUACGAUUAAUGUUUUUCAUUCUCAAAAGACUCUCCAAAAAGUACAAAUAAUAUAGAUGUAUAAGAUAUUAAUUAUAUCGAUAUAAAGAUAGUAUUUUUUUGCAAAGGAUUCAUCAACUAUAAAGUAUGAGUUUGUAUGUUUUAUAUAUCCCUAUAUUACCUAAUGUUGCAUCACCAAUUGAGGUGUUGAUUGAUCUGGCAAACAACAAUAUGGUCACAAUAGUGUCGGUGUUGCUCUCGGCCUUUGUCUAAUGAUAUUGUGUUUCACUUUAAUAUAAUGAUGGAUAAUAUGUUUAAAAACCACACUCAUGGGGCUAAUGUUGUGGACAAAUUGUGAUUCAAUAAACAUCUGUAACAUCUGUGUUUCAUUUGAAAUAGCGUACGCUUCAUGAUAAGAUUCACAUCGCUACGAUAUUUAUUCUGCUGGAGAGCGAAUCAACUUUAUGUUGUCCUCUAAGCCAACCUUAUUCUAAAGGAUCCUACAAAUAAAAAUGUUAAGUGUAUAUCCACAGCUAUGGAUCAGGGGCCGUAUUCACAAAGGAUCUUAGGGCUAAAAGUAGGUCCUAACUGGCGAAUUUAGGAGUAACUCCUAAAAAUAAUGGGCGUGUCACUCUUAAAUUUAGGACUCCUAACUUUUUUCACUAAGAGCAAUUCACAAAGUAUUUUAGGACUAAAAGUAGCACCUAAGUCUAGGAGAUCUUAAAAGUCCUCAAGAGGACUCCUAACUCAGUAAGACCUAUUCACAAAGAAUCUUAAAAUGCCUGCGAGACGAAAUGUUAGGGUAUUCAACUUAUUGUGGAGUUAAUGCGCGAUGCAAUAACAUCCCCGACUAACAGGAAUAAUCCG